GCCGUCAGAGGCAGCAUCAGCAUCAGCAGCAACCAUGAGCAGCAACCAGCAGCCCAAGCCGCCCAACAAAGGGAAAUUAGAGAAGACUACAACAAAAUUUUUACCACAAGUGGAUAAGAUAAACUGUAAACCUCUAUGGCAUCAGAAUCCCCCUGCAUUCCAGCUGCGAGGAGAAGACGACACAUAUGUUCCAGAGCAGUUUCUGCUGAGAAAUGAGCUAACACCGGGAGAAUAUCUUGAUCAGAGACCUAAGAAGCGUAAAAUACAGGAUACUCUAGGUAGUGAUCUUGAUGCUGGACCAUCAACGUCUAAAGUAAAAACUAGUGGUAAAAAGGACCGGGAACAUUUCAGAAGUGCUCUUGUUAACAUCAUCAUGCAACCAGACCUUCCAGAACAACCUCUUUCCAUAGAAGCAAAACCAGGCACAUCUGAGUCUGCUGAAAUAGAGAAAGACAUUUUGAAAUAUUUCUAUUAUAUUCGCCAUGGAAUAGAUACAGAACAUGUGGCACCAAUGGAAGACUCAUGGCUGGAGCAUGUCUUGGCACUGGUGCCAGCACACUUAAAAAUGCUUAAUGAAAGUAUUGAUGUACUCUCAGAUGAAAUGCGAGAGGACUAUCUUCUCAGUGUGAAGAAAGCAAUAGUUGACUUUGUUUUAAGAGAUCCUAGAGAAAAAGAGGAAGGCAAAAUGCAAAUUCUUCCACCUCAUCGUCAAGAAAUGGAAAUGGUGCCCAAACCUUGGAAUAAGUCCUUUUUGGCAGCUCGACACUAUAUAAAUGAAAAUUUGCAUGCAAUGAAUCCCACCAUGUUGGCAGUUCUCGACCUCUGGCAGACAACCUUUUCCGAUUUGCGAUUACUUGAUAAAGGCGCAUUCCACAUACGCCAAGAAUCUAUGGAGCUCUCCUUCUUCCAGAAUAUCGUUGUGAAGCAUAUGGAAUCUGCCAAAGAUACUCUUUUUAAAAAGUGGUUUCCAGAAGUGCAAAAUAUCUAUUACCAAGGCAAUAAAAGGAAACAAGUGCCCACAAAUGCCAGCAGUGCCAAAUUAGAGUCAUUCUUCAACUGUGCUGCGACCUUAAUGACCCAGCAACUGCAGAGUCUGGCUUUACUUUCAAUGCAGGAUUUCACAAAUUUAAUUGUACAGCCUCCAAAGUCCACUCGAGCCUUUGAACACCCAGGAUUUAUAAUGAGGCUGAUUCUAGAAAAUGAUGCUGUUGUAUUUGAACCUGCAUUUUCUGACUAUGAAGCCAUCUUUCUUAACAUUUAUUUAGUCAUGGUGAAAGCUGUCAAUCUCUUGCCAAGGGUAGAAACCAAACUGUAUUCAAAGUGGCCUGACACCAAGACCAGAUCCUUGAACUUGAAGCCUAUAAUCCUUGAUGAAAUUUUGGAGGCGCACAAGCAAAAGAUUAAAGAUGAGAUUGCCAAAGAGAGCAUAGCACCCACUGAACACCUCAAACUCUAUGACAAGUACCAAGACUUGAUCACCAAGCAAUCAGAACGGGAGAUUGAUCAGUUCCUGUCAGAGGAGCACACUUUUGAAGAAAUAACUGCACAAAUUGCUAGGUUUCAAAGCAUCCGGGAUGAAAUCCAGUACACUUCCCGAAAGUGUAUUCGUUUAGGAAUGUUUGAAUUACACUGCGAUGAGCUGAUCAGAGCCCUCACAAAGCGAGCUGAUGGCAUUUGUUGCAAAAUUAUUGCCAAAAUGUUCAAAGAUCAUCAAGAUCUUAAUACAAGGCUUUGUGAUGAGUUUGAGAAGAUAGCAGAGAAAGCUCUUUCCACUCCAUCAAACACACAUCAGCUGAUGGAAUUUAAGGCUUACAUAGAGAAAGUGGAAACAGUUGACAUGCUUGAGAUGGAACAGAAACUGAUUGAUGCCAAAAAUUGCCUUGCCUAUCUGAUAGAGUGUACAAACUUCUCGCCAGUAGAUAUCCGACUGAACAAUAGUGUCUUCCAGUGGUAUGGACGAAUGGGGGAUAUUUUUGAGGAACACAGAAAUAUAAUUAAAGAGAAAACAGAACAAUUUCAAGAAGGCCUUAAAAUACGCUGUGAAAGAUUUGUGGAAGAACUGGAAAGUUAUAGUAAGCAAGUUGAAGAAUUUUAUUCUUAUGGAGACUUUCAGGAAGUCAAUAGAUAUCUGAAAAAAGCACAGGCACUGAAUACAAAGCUCGAUGCAGCUGCUGAUAAGAUUGAUCAGAUUAAUGCAGAAGAGGAAGCAUAUGGAUGGAUACCCUCUCAGUAUCCACAACGUAAAAAAAUUCAAGACACACUGAAUCCAUAUCUUCGACUUUAUGACAUGACAGUAGAAUUUAACACCAAAUACAGAAACUGGAUGGAUGGAAUAUUCACCAAGGUGAAUCCAGAUCAAGUUGAGAUGGAUACAGGAAACUACUGGCGUGCACUGUAUAAGCUAGAGAGAACCUUUCAUGAUUCACCAAAUGCCUUAUUUCUAACAACGAGAAUCAAAACAAAAGUGGAGGAAUUUAAGGAACACAUUCCUUUGAUUCAAGUGAUCUGCAACCCUGGUUUGCAAGACCGGCAUUGGGAAGCUAUGUCAGAAAUAGUUGGGUAUUCAUUGAAACCCUCUGAAGAUUCAACUGUCUCUUCAUAUAUUGAUAUGCACCUUGAACCAUUCUUGGAAAAAUUUGAAGGCAUCAGUGAAACAGCCAGCAAAGAGCAUUCACUUGAGAAGGCCAUGGUGAAAAUGAUUUCCGAAUGGGAUGCCAUGGAAUUUGUUCUUCUUUCUUAUAGAGAAACAGGAACUUAUAUUUUAUCAGCUGUGGAUGACAUUCAAAUGUUGCUGGAUGACCAUAUUGUCAAAACACAAACUAUGAGAGGCUCUCCUUUUAUCAAACCUUAUGAAAAAAAGAUGAGAGAAUGGGAAUCAAAGCUUUUGUUGGUACAGGAAAUUUUGGAUGAAUGGCUCAAGGUUCAGGCUACCUGGUUGUAUUUGGAGCCUAUUUUCAGUUCCCCUGACAUUAUGGCUCAGAUGCCUGAAGAAGGUAGACGAUUCACCGCUGUGGACAAAACGUGGAAGGAUAUCAUGAAAUAUGCCAUUCAGGAUAAACAUGUUCUUACAGUAGUGAUGAUCGAUAAGAUGCUAGAGAGACUGAAGAAGUCCAAUGAGUUCCUGGAAUUGAUUCUUAAAGGACUGAAUGAGUAUUUAGAAAAGAAGCGACUGUUCUUCCCUAGAUUCUUCUUCUUAUCCAACGAUGAACUGCUUGAAAUUCUCUCAGAGACCAAAGAUCCUACACGGGUAAAGCCUCACUUGAAGAAAUGUUUUGAAGGAAUUGCGAGUGUUGAAUUUACUGAAGUCUUGGAUAUUACACACAUGAAAAGCAGUGAAGGAGAAGUGGUAGAACUCAUAAACACAAUAUCAACAGCUAAAGCUAGAGGUCAAGUGGAAAAAUGGUUAGUUGAACUGGAAACGGCUAUGAUAAAUUCCAUCCACAAGGUGAUUGCUUCUGCAAUAGAAGCCUAUCCAAAUUCUCUCCGUAUAAACUGGGUAAGAGAAUGGCCUGGACAGACAGUUCUUUGCGUAUCCCAGACUUUCUGGACCUCAGAAGUGCAAACAGCUAUGAAAAAUGGCCAGGAGGCCCUUGAAAGUUACCUGGAGCAGUGCAAUGGGCAGAUUGAUGGCAUUGUCACCUUGGUGCGAGGGAAAUUGUCAAAACAGAACCGCGUGACUCUUGGCGCGCUCGUUGUAUUGGAUGUUCAUGCCAGGGAUGUUCUGGCAUCCCUCGUAAGCAAGCACAUCAUUGAUGACAGUGACUUUGAAUGGCUAAGUCAGCUUAGGUACUACUGGGAGGAAGGGCAUCUACAAACAAAGAUGAUCAAUGCUGGCUUGCGGUAUGGAUAUGAAUAUCUUGGCAAUACCCCUAGAUUGGUUAUUACGCCACUUACUGAUAGAUGCUACAGAACUCUCUUUGGUGCUCUCCACCUUCAUCUUGGCGGUGCCCCAGAAGGCCCUGCUGGAACUGGAAAAACUGAAACGACAAAGGACUUAGCAAAGGCUAUUGCUAAGCAGUGUGUGGUUUUCAAUUGUUCUGAUGGACUGGAUUAUCUUGCCCUGGGAAAAUUCUUUAAGGGCUUGCUUUCCUGUGGUGCUUGGGCAUGCUUUGAUGAAUUUAACAGAAUUGACUUGGAAGUCCUUUCUGUUGUUGCUCAGCAAAUUCUUACUAUCCAGAGAGGUAUCAAUGCUGGCUCUGAUAUACUAGUGUUUGAGGGGACAGAGCUCAAACUUAACCCAACAUGUGCUGUUUUUAUUACAAUGAAUCCUGGUUAUGCUGGACGCUCAGAACUUCCCGACAAUCUUAAGGCUCUGUUUCGAACUGUGGCUAUGAUGGUACCUGAUUAUGCUAUGAUCGCUGAAAUUGUUCUGUACUCCUGUGGAUUUGUUACUGCUCGACCUCUCUCUGUGAAAAUUGUGGCUACCUAUCGCCUGUGUUCUGAGCAGUUGUCUUCCCAGCACCACUAUGAUUAUGGGAUGAGAGCUGUGAAAUCAGUGCUCACUGCAGCUGGGAAUCUGAAGCUCAAGUAUCCAGAUGAAAAUGAAGAAAUUUUGUUGCUUAGAUCCAUUAUUGAUGUAAAUUUGCCUAAGUUCUUAUCCCACGAUCUACCACUUUUUGAGGGCAUCACUUCCGAUUUGUUUCCUGGUGUUAAGCUGCCGAAACCAGAUUACAACGACAUACUAGAAGCCAUCAAGAUAAACUGCGAUGCAAUGAAUUUACAAAUGACUAGCUUUUUUUCAGAGAAAAUCUUACAGAUAUUUGAAAUGAUGAUUGUGCGCCAUGGCUUUAUGAUAGUUGGAGAGCCCUUUGGAGGAAAAACAUCUGCAUAUCGAGUUUUGGCAGCUGCCUUGGGUGAUCUGUGUGAAAAAGGGCUUAUGGAGGAAAAUAAAGUGCAGAUCACUGUUAUCAACCCUAAAUCCAUAACCAUGGGGCAGCUGUAUGGACAGUUUGAUCCAGUCUCCCAUGAAUGGUCUGAUGGUAUCCUAGCUGUGAGUUUUAGAGCAUUUGCUUCUUCAUCUACACCUGAUAGGAAGUGGCUAAUUUUUGAUGGGCCAGUGGAUGCAGUAUGGAUUGAAAACAUGAAUACUGUGCUGGAUGAUAACAAGAAACUCUGUUUGAUGAGUGGUGAAAUCAUUCAGAUGUCACCACAAAUGAGCCUUAUUUUUGAACCAAUGGACUUAGAAGUUGCCUCUCCUGCUACUGUUUCUAGAUGUGGCAUGGUAUACAUGGAACCUCAGAUGUUAGGCUGGAGACCACUGAUGCUGUCCUGGUUAAAUCUAAUGCCACCCACUGUGACCACAAUGCAUAAAGACUUUAUAACAAGCUUGUUUGACAGAAUAAUCCCACUUUCUGUUGAAUUUAUUAGAAAGUGUACCAAGGAGCUGUCUCCUACAACAGACACAAACUUGGUUCGGUCUUUAAUGAACCUGAUGGACUGCAUGAUGGAUGAGUUUCACAAUGAAGCAAAACUUAAAACCGUUACUGACCGGGAAAUUUUCUCUUGGCUUGAGAGCACAUUUGUUUUUGCACUUACCUGGUCUGUCGGAGCCAGCUGUAUAGAGGCUGACCGGCUGAAAUUUGACAAGAUCGUGCGAGAGCUGCUGCAGGGGCCAAUGAGUGAUCAAACAAGAGAAAAAUAUAAAUUGUUGAGCGGUCUUGAGUACCUACGUGCAAAAAUCCUGACUGUCCCAUAUCCAGAAGAUGGAACAAUUUACGAUUACCGGUUUGUCAAAGAUGGAGCAGGAAGGUGGGAGCCUUGGAUAGAUGCACUUCAGUCAGCUCCACCUAUCCCAAAAGACAUGUUAUUUAACGAAAUAAUUGUGCCCACUCUGGAUACCAUUCGAUAUUUUUCGUUAAUGGAUUUGCUGACAACACAUCAAAAGCCUUCAAUAUUUGUUGGACCAACAGGAACUGGCAAAAGUGUUUAUAUUAUAGAUUUUCUCUUAAACCGCUUAAAUAAGGAAAUCUACAAACCACUGCUCAUUAACUUCUCAGCACAGACCACAGCAGCUCAGACUCAGAACAUCAUUAUGUCAAAGCUUGAUAAAAGGAGAAAAGGAGUCUUUGGUCCCCCUUUUGGGAAGAAAAUGGUUGUCUUUGUGGAUGAUGUCAAUAUGCCAGCCAGGGAGGUCUAUGGUGCUCAGCCUCCUGUGGAGCUACUUCGUCAGUGGUUAGAUCAUUGGAACUGGUAUGACCUGAAAGACUGCUCUAUGAUAAAACUUGUGGAUAUUCAAAUCAUGUGUGCAAUGGGGCCACCAGGUGGAGGUCGAAACCCAGUCACCCCCCGAUAUAUGCGACACUUCAAUAUAGUUACCAUUAAUGAGUUCGAUGAUGCUUCAAUGUACACAAUUUUCUCAAGAAUAUUAGAUUGGCAUCUUUCUAUAUGUUACAGCUUUUCAGCGGAGUGUGUUGAACUGACAUCACAAGUUAUAAACAGCACCAUGACUAUAUAUAAAGAAGCUAUGGAGAAUCUGCUCCCCACUCCAACUAAAUCCCAUUACUUGUUCAAUCUGCGUGAUUUCUCUCGGGUUAUUCAAGGUGUUUGCCUUUCAAGGCCUGAAACAACCGAAUCUCCAGGAACAAUAAAACGGCUUUGGGUUCAUGAGGUUCUGAGGGUUUAUUAUGAUCGUUUAGUAGAUCAAGCAGAUCGAUCCUGGCUUGUUGGAUGCAUCCGAGAAGUAGUAAAAAACCACUUUGAGGAAGACUUUGAUGAACUUUUCCAGAAACUGGACUUCAAUUAUGAUGGUACGGUGGAAGAAGAUGAUUUGCGAAGUCUUAUGUUCUGUGAUUUUCAUGAUCCUAAAAGAGAGGAUAUGAACUAUAGGGAAGUUUUGGAUGUGGAUCAAUUGAGGGUUGUUGUAGAGAGUCAUCUGGAAGAAUAUAAUAAUAUGAGCAAAAAACCCAUGCAGCUGGUUUUAUUCCGAUUUGCCAUAGAACACGUUUGUAGAAUUUCACGUAUUCUGAAGCAACCUCGUAGCCAUGCCCUUCUAGUGGGAGUUGGAGGAAGUGGGCGACAGUCCCUAACACGUUUAGCAGCAUAUAUGGCAGAUUAUACACCCUUUCAGGUUGAAAUUUCAAAGAGUUAUGGGACCAAUGAAUGGCAUGAAGAUCUAAAAGUUAUCCUGAGGAGAUCUACUGAAGGUGAGAUGCAAGGAGUUUUCUUAUUCACUGAUACUCAAAUAAAAAGGGAGUCCUUUUUAGAAGACAUCAACAACUUGUUAAAUGCUGGAGAAGUCCCAAACCUCUUUGCAGUAGACGAGAAGCAAGAAAUUUGUGAAAAGAUGCGACAAAUAGACCGCCAGAGGGAUAGAACCAAACAGACAGAUGGUAGCCCCAUUGCUCUUUUCAACAUGUUCAUUGAUCGCUGCCGAGACCAACUGCACGUUGUGUUGGCCAUGAGUCCUAUUGGAGAUGCUUUCCGUAACCGCCUUCGAAAGUUCCCUGCUCUCGUUAAUUGCUGUACUAUUGAUUGGUUUCAGUCAUGGCCUUCAGAUGCUUUGCAGGCAGUGGCCACUCGCUCCCUAGAAGAUAUUGAAAUGUCUGAAGACACUCGGCACGGCUGCAUUGAUUUGUGCCAAAAAUUUCAUAUGAGUACUAUUAACUUGUCUGAAUUGUUUUAUAAUGAACUCCAGAGACACAAUUAUGUUACACCUACUUCAUACCUGGAGUUGAUUUCCACAUUCAAAUCCCUAUUAGAAAAGAAGAGAACUCAGGUGAUGAAAAUGAAAAAAAGAUAUGAAGUUGGCUUGGACAAACUGGACUCGGCUGCAGCACAGGUGGCCACGAUGCAGGUAGAACUGGAAGCCUUGCAGCCCCAACUCCGGGUGGCUAGUAAGCAGGUGGAUGAAAUGAUGAUUGAGAUCGAGAGAGAGUCCUUAGAAGUGGCGAAAACGGAAAAAAUUGUGAAAGGUGAUGAAGAGGUUGCCAAUGAACAAGCAAUGGCUGCCAAAGCCAUCAAGGAUGAAUGUGAUGCUGAUCUAGCAGAAGCCCUGCCCAUCUUGGAAAGUGCCUUGGCUGCUCUUGACACCUUGACUGCACAGGAUAUCACUGUUGUGAAGUCCAUGAAGAGUCCUCCUGCUGGCGUGAAACUUGUUAUGGAGGCAAUUUGCAUCUUAAAAGGGAUCAAGGCUGAUAAAAUUCCAGAUCCAACAGGCACAGGCAAAAAGAUGGAGGAUUUCUGGGGUCCAGCUAAGAAACUCCUGGGAGACAUGCGAUUUCUGCAGUCACUUCAUGAAUAUGACAAAGACAACAUCCCUCCAGCUUACAUGAGUGUCAUCAGAAAGCAGUACAUCACCAAUCCCGAGUUUGUUCCUGAGAAGAUUCGAAAUGCUUCCACAGCUGCAGAAGGGCUGUGCAAAUGGGUUAUUGCCAUGGAUUCCUAUGAUAAAGUGGCAAAAGUCGUUGCCCCUAAGAAGAUUAAGCUCAAUGCAGCUGAAGGGGAACUGAAAAUUGCCAUGGACGGUUUGAGGAAGAAACAAGCAGCCCUAAAAGAAGUUCAGGACAAGCUAGCUCAAUUACAGUUGAUACUAGAAGAAAAGAAGCAGGAGAAAGCUGACUUGGAAAACCAGGUUGACCUGUGCAGCAAAAAACUGGACCGAGCUGAAAAAUUACUUGGUGGCCUUGGAGGUGAGAAAACCCGCUGGAGUCAGACGGCUUUGGAACUUGGAAAGCAGUACAUCAAUCUGACAGGCGAUAUCCUCAUCUCGUCAAGCAUUGUGGCUUACCUGGGAGCCUUCACGUCCAGCUACCGACAUAAUCAAGCACGUGAUUGGAUAUUGACCCUGAAAGCCAGAGGCAUCCCUUGCUCAGAUGAUUUCUCUCUAACUACUACUUUAGGAGAACCUGUAAAAAUCAGAGCCUGGAACAUUGCUGGAUUGCCUUCCGACUCAUUUUCCAUUGACAAUGGGAUCAUUAUCUCGAAUGCAAGAAGAUGGCCUCUCAUGAUAGAUCCUCAGGGCCAAGCAAACAAAUGGAUUAAGCACAUGGAAAAAGCAAACAGCUUGCAUGUUAUUAAGCUUACUGACUCUGAAUUUGUGCGGACCCUAGAAAACUGUGUUCAGUUUGGUACGCCUGUGCUUUUGGAAAAUAUUGGUGAAGAACUGGAUCCUAUUCUCGAGCCGCUUCUACUCAAACAGACCUUCAAGCAGGCUGGCAGCAUCUGUAUCCGCCUUGGGGAUUCCACCAUUGAGUAUGCGCCUGACUUUCGUUUUUAUAUUACAACCAAGCUGAGAAACCCACAUUACCUCCCAGAGACAUCCGUCAAAGUAACAUUAUUGAAUUUCAUGAUCACACCUGAGGGGAUGCAAGAUCAGCUUCUUGGAAUUGUUGUUGCAAGAGAGAGACCAGAUCUUGAAGAAGAAAAGCAAGCCUUAAUCUUGCAAGGCGCAGAAAACAAACGGCAGCUAAAAGAAAUUGAGGACAAAAUUCUGGAAGUCCUUUCAUCUUCUGAAGGAAAUAUUUUAGAGGAUGAAACUGCCAUCAAGAUAUUGUCUUCUUCUAAAGCGUUGGCUAACGAAAUUUCAGAAAAGCAAGCUGUGGCAGAAGAGACAGAAAAGAAGAUAGAUGCUACUCGAAUGGGCUAUCGUCCCAUUGCAGUUCAUUCAUCAAUUCUGUUUUUUUCCAUUGCGGACCUGGCCAAUAUUGAGCCCAUGUAUCAGUAUUCCCUCACAUGGUUCAUCAACCUUUUCAUUAUGUCUAUAGAUAAUUCUGAGAAGUCAGACGUAUUACAGGACAGGCUGAGAAUUCUCAAAGAUCACUUUACCUACUCCCUCUAUGUGAAUAUCUGCCGUUCCCUCUUUGAAAAAGACAAGCUGCUCUUCUCCUUUUGCCUAAACGUAAACCUUUUGAAGCAUGAUAGACUGAUUGAUAAUGCUGAGUGGAAGUUUUUGCUGACAGGAGGCAUAGGCCUAGACAACCCCUAUUCCAAUCCCUGCCCCUGGCUUCCCCAGACAUCAUGGGAUGAAAUCUGCCGCCUUGAUGACUUGCCAGCCUUCAAAGGCCUUCGGAAGGGAUUUAUCCACUUGAAGGAUGGAUGGAAAGCAGUCUAUGAUAGUUUGGACCCUCAUCAUGAGAAUUUUCCUGAUGAUUGGCAAGCCAGAAUGGGAGAGUUUCAGCGAAUGCUCAUCAUCCGCUGCCUAAGACCUGAUAAAAUUAUUCCAAUGGUGCAAGAGUUUAUAAUUGGCAACUUGGGGCGUAUGUUCAUUGAGCCACCUCCUUUUGACUUGUCAAAGGCAUUUGGUGAUAGUCACUGCUGCGCUCCUCUCAUUUUUGUAUUGUCACCUGGUGCUGAUCCCAUGGCAGCUCUUCUGAAGUUUGCUGAUGACCAGGGCUUUGGUGCAAUGAAAUUGAGUUCCUUGUCACUGGGCCAGGGCCAAGGCCCCAUUGCCAUGCGUAUGAUUGAGAAGUCAGUGAAAGAUGGCAGUUGGGUGGUUCUGCAGAAUUGUCAUCUAGCAACAUCAUGGAUGCCAAUGCUAGAAAAAGUCUGUGAGGAAUUAAAUCCAGACACAACACAUCCUGAUUUCCGCAUGUGGCUCACAAGCUACCCAUCUCCCAAUUUCCCCGUUUCAGUACUGCAGAAUGGAGUGAAGAUGACAAACGAGGCCCCGAAAGGUUUACGGGCAAAUGUGAUCCGUUCAUAUCUGAUGGACCCCAUCUCUGACCCUGAGUUUUUUAAUGGCUGUAAAAGGCCUGCUGAAUUCAAGAAACUGCUAUAUGGCCUCUGCUUCUUUCAUGCAUUGGUUCAAGAGAGACGGAAAUUUGGACCACUGGGUUGGAAUAUUCCUUAUGAGUUCAAUGAGACUGAUCUCCGGAUUAGUGUCCAGCAGCUGAAUAUGUUCCUGAAUCAAUAUGAGGAGUUGCCCUUUGAUGCUAUCCGCUACAUGACAGGCGAGUGCAAUUAUGGUGGCAGGGUUACGGACGAUUGGGACCGGCGCACACUACGCAGCAUUUUAAACAAGUUCUACAAUCCAAUCAUUCUUACGGAUCCUGACUACAAGUUUGAUGCUAGUGGCAUUUACUAUGCCCCUCCUGAAGGAGAAUAUCUAAGCUACAUUGACUACACCAAGACUCUUCCUUUGAAUCCUGCCCCAGAAAUCUUUGGGAUGAAUGCCAAUGCUGACAUCACCAAGGAUCAAGCCGAAACACGGUUGUUGUUUGAUAAUAUUCUUCUCACACAGUCUCGGGAGUCAGGUGCCGGUGCUAAAUCAUCUGAUGAAAUUGUUCGGGAGGUGGCAAGUGACAUCCAGAGUAAACUUCCCAAUGACUUUCACAUUGAAGCAGCCAUGAGGAGAUACCCCACCACCUACACCCAGAGCAUGAACACUGUGCUUGUCCAAGAGAUGGGGCGAUUUAACAAACUCCUGCAAACAAUACGAGACUCCUGUAUCAACAUCCAGAAAGCAAUCAAGGGACUGGUGGUGAUGUCGGCAGAACUUGAAGAAGUGGUAAACAGCAUUUUGAAGGGCAAGAUUCCAGGCAUGUGGAUGAGUAAGUCUUAUCCCAGCCUCAAACCGCUUGGCAGCUAUGUGAAUGAUUUUCUUACCAGACUGAAAUUCUUGCAGACAUGGUAUGAGAAUGGAACUCCUCCAAUGUUCUGGCUUUCAGGAUUUUUCUUCACUCAAGCCUUCUUAACUGGUGCCCAGCAGAACUUUGCCAGAAAAUACACCAUCCCAAUAGACCUGUUAGGAUUUGACUAUGAAGUCCUGGAAGACAAGGAAUACAAACAUGCUCCUGAAGAUGGUGUCUACGUUUAUGGCUUGUUCCUGGAUGGUGCUCGCUGGAACAGGAAGACUAAGAAAUUAGGAGAAUCAUAUCCCAAAAUCCUUUAUGAUAACAUGCCAGUGAUGUGGCUAAAGCCUUGCAGAAGGUUAGACAUUCCUGAAAGACCCAGUUACUUAGCUCCAGUGUACAAGACAAGUGAAAGAAGAGGAACUCUGUCCACUACUGGCCACUCCACCAAUUUUGUGAUUGCAAUGAUUCUUCCUUCAGAUAAACCAGAGGAACACUGGAUUGGACGAGGGGUGGCACUUUUAUGUCAGCUUAACUCAUAAACCCAGACAAAGCUAUGGCAGAGAGACUGAUUUCUGAUCCUACUACUUUAAUGGUUUUUUUUCAAACUCUACUUUCUGAAGAAAUUCAAACCUUUGGGAGUUGUUAAAGACACACGAUUUGUAUCUUUUGAGUUUGUAAAUAAAAAGUAAACCAGUAAAAGAAUGUUCCUUUGAAAGACCUUGGAAAAAUCA